UAUCCUGACGUGUAAAGGCGAGGAAGCGGCUAAGAUCUUUCUCUCAAUCAGCAGUCAUCAGCAAGAGGCACAGACGCACUCCCAAGAAGGUGACGCAGACCAGCCUCGGUCCGUAGGUAAGUAAGUAAGUAAGUAAGUAAGUAAGUAAGUAAAAUGUAUUUGUACAGCGCCUUUCGCAGACCAGGGUCACAAGGCGCUUCAUAAUUACAAUAAAACAAUACACAGAUUAAGAAGUACAUACACAUUUAACCAAGACAACUCAAUGACAAUCAUAGCAGCCCCAAGGCAAUUAAACAAAAGCCUUGACAAAUAAAAGGGUCUUAAGUUUCUUUUUGAAGGAGUCAACAGACUCCAUUGAGCGCAGGGAGAGCGGAAGAUCGUUCCAAAGCCUGGGAGCAACAGCCUGGAAAGAUCGGUCUCCUCUGGUCCGGAAACGGGUGCGCGGAGCCAUCAGCAGAUUCUGACCCACAGACCUCAGAGGGUGUAAGGCUGGAUCAGAUCAUUGAUAUACGGUGGAGCCUGACCAUAGUACAACAAAGUCAAACAAAAGCAUAGAGACGUCCUCGCCCGUCGGAGCGAGGGCAUGCUCUUCUACAACACUCGUCACGGAGAGAAAAUCCUUUUUUCCGAACAUUAUGUCAAUCUGUUGCUGGCCGACGGACACCAGGGAUUGGAGAACAAAAGACACGAGGUGCUGACGUUUGGGCAAAAGCGACUGUCUCUGCAGCAGAAGUCGACGGUGCGGCGGAAAAUCGCGCCAGCCAAACUCUUUUCAAGCGCAAAUGGAAAGCGUCCGGUCAAGAAGGUUCUGGUGUCGGGGGUGGCCGGCAUCGGAAAAACCAUCCUGGUGCAGAAAAUGCUGUUUGAUUUUGGCGGAGACCGGGACCAUCUUGGAUUUGACUUCAUCGUUCACAUGACCUUCAGAGACCUGAAUCUGAUCGACAAACCAACCAACCUCCGGGAGCUGGUCCUGCGUAAAAACAGGCACCUCGCCAAGGAACUGGAUAACAUCUUAGCGAAUGACGACAAACUGCUGAUCAUCUUAGACGGCUUUGAUGAGUUCAAACACUACAGGAGCUGCGACGUGGACGCAUUUGUGACCGAGCCAGAUGAAGAUGCGGAUGUGGUGGAGGUCUUUGGGAGUCUGAUGCAAGGUGAGCUGCUUCCCAACGCUUCGGUCAUGCUCACAAGUCGACCGGCGGCCAUCAACCACAUCCCUGUGGGCUGCGUCGACCGCUUUGUCCUCAUCGCUGGCUUCUCCGUCACCGAAGUUCAAGACUUCUUCUUACGUUAUUUCCAGGACGGCGCAAUUGCGGAACGCAUGUUCGCGGUGGUGUCGGCGAACGAACUGAUGCUGACGCUGUGCUAUAUACCUGCGUUUUGCUACAUCGUGUGCUGCAUCCUCAAAGAAAGCAAAGACCUCUGUGGAGAGGGCCCCAAGACCAUGACGGACAUUUAUGUGCAGUACCUGGUGGCCAUGCUUCGCUCUCACACUCAAGCGAGGGCCGAAACAUUUCGCCGAGAGCAAGGAGCAGGGACCGUCCAGGCGCUGUCGGAUAUCGUGCUGAAGCUGGGACGCCUGGCCUUCCAAAAGCUGAUGGAGCAUCAGACUCUAUUCUACGGCAGCGACCGAGAUGUUGCGGCGUUAGAGGGAUGCAGCCUUGUGAGCACCUUUCUUGACAAGACCGUGGCACAAGAGCCCGGCUGCACUGAGGAGGUUUACUCCUUUGCGCAUCUUACCGUUCAAGAGUUCUUCGCUGCAGUUUAUUGUGCAGUGACGGAUCACCCGUUACCUGAUGCACUUCAGCACAGUGCGGGUCUCGGGGAGGGAUCCAGCAACGGACAUUUGGACCUCUUCAACCGCUUCCUUUCUGGAAUCCUCUCUGAACGCAAUGCUAAUCUUCUAUCAAGGCAGGUGGGGCUGAGUUGCCACGAGGACAAAGUGGACGACUAUCGUCAGAGGAUCAUCCGAGAGCUUACAACGCUGUGUGAGAGUGGGGCCCAUAUCUUAAACCAUUUACACUGCCUGUUUGAGCAACAGGACCCGUCUCUGGCCCUUGCUGUGCAACCAAAGACACUGCAGGUGAAUGUCAGCGAUGAAAUACUCUCCCAAAUGGAUUACAAUGCCAUCAAGUACUUCUUGAAUCUUACAAAGGGCAUGAUAUCAGAGCUGGAUCUGACGGGGACAGGAGUAAGCGGUGACGCACUCCGAGGCAUGCAGCCCCUGCUGCUCAGAUGCCAAAGACUUUGGCUUGGAGAAAACAACCUCGAUAUGAACACUGCUCUAGUCAUUGCAGAUAUGCUGCAAGUGUCAGAAAGUAUAACCCACCUUGGACUUGGAUGGUCAGACAUCGGUGAUGAUGAACUACUGGCUAUUUCUAGUGCCAUACGGGUGAAGAAAAAACUUCAAGAGCUGUGGAUGGAGGGAAACCGAGUGACUUACAAAGGUCUGCUGUCACUUAGUGAUUUGACCCCAAACCCUCUGAAGAAAGUUGUAGCCAUAUGGAAUGACGUAGGUGACACAGAUCCAGAGUCAUUUUGCACCCAAGAAAGCAUAACUGUGAGCUUCACAGAUGAUGAUAUGUGGGAAGAGUGGGGGAAAUGGGUUUUCAAAAGGUGCGAGGUCAGCAGCAACGAGAAGUUAGUGACGGUACUCCACAAAGUGUGCAACAUAUCAGUCCACUGCUUAGAGGCCCAGUGGGCGAAGACUUUCUACAAGGAACUAUCACAGCUCAUCAAGCACAGGAUUGAGUGCUGCACUGAGGAUGACAUGAGCAAGAAGCUCAACAAGUUUGACCAGAUAUUGAACUACUAACAGGAAAAGGACUACACCCGUUUCAAGUUACAAGAUAGAACAUACAGAAUAACAUGUAAUGUUGAAUGCUUUGCAUAAACAAACUCAUAGUUGAGGACAAGGCUUGUUGAAAGAAAAUAUUCAUGGCCAGUACGGGGAUCGAACCCGCGACCUUGGCGUUAUUAGCACCACGCUCUAACCAGCUGAGCUAACCGGCCACGAGACACCCCAGCUCGCCGGCACGAUAUGGUGUACGUUACACUAUCACAUCAUUACUAAAAUAUCUAUUGAAAGACGUUUAAUAAUGGGACACUUUAUUUCUAGUACUAUGUAUUAUCAUAUAUUGAUCUGUCUUCUCUUUUAAUUUAAAAUGCUACUCCUUGUGAAUUCCAACUUAAUAUAUGUCAUGUGUGUAUUACGUGUUUUUUCAAUAUUUAAUUUAUUUAGAAAAUCUGAUCCGAUUUGUUGUAACAUGUGGACAAUUAACAAUAAAAUGUUGAAACUUCCAACGUA